AAGAACGGUUCAACUAUGACGUCAACGUGAUGAUGGGUUCGAAGGGAUUGUCAGUCCAUCGACGACUUCUGGCCAUUCAUCUCUCCGGCCCAACGGUUCAGAGAGGCGGCAUUGUUGUAAUCCACACUUCAUUAUGACGGAAGCGGCAUUGUUGGCAUGCUUGGCAUUUUUGAUCGCUUCGAACGUCGUCCUGGGCCAGGACAAUGCAUUUUCUUACAUCUUGCACCCUUGUCAUAAAAACGACCCCAACGUCAACGAGUGCCUCACCUACUCCGCCAACCAUUUGGCCAUGCACUUUAGAAGAGGGAUACCCGAGCUUGAAAUAGAAGAAGUCGAGCCGAUAAUAUUAGACGAGAUCAACCUCGCCUUGGGAAACGGCCCGGAUGGGUAUCGAGCCACUUUCCGAGACGUCAAAGCUUAUGGAGUGAGCAACUUGACAGUUACUGGAGUUCGGUCAGAUCUGGACACUUUGCAAUUGCAGUUGACUUUCUUCAUCCCUAGAAUUACAGUCAGGGCGCAUUACAGAAGUUCAGGUGUACUGAUAAUGGUACAGGCCACGGGAGGAGGCGACUACUGGGGAAAAUACGAGGGAGUGAGAGCGAAGACUUACCUCAAAGCGAGCAAGCAGGACGUGAACGGUGUGACGUAUUUGAACCUGAAGGACCUCAAGAUGGACUUCAGCGUCCGCGACAUCCAAAUGGGCAUUGAGAACGUCCACAACGGAAACGCUGUCAUAGAAGCCGCUUUGAAUUUGUUUAUCAACUCGCACAGCCAGGAGCUUCUCAGGGAAAUGAAACCUUCAAUAAAGAAAAAGCUUUUGUCCACCAUGGCCCAAUUCGUCGAUAAUCUGUUUUCCAGGAUCCCGUACGAAUACUGGAUCAUCGAAUAAUUAUUAUUUAUUUCAAAACGCAUUUUAUGAUAUCA